AUGGCUUUUAACUCAACUGCCAGUAGUUUCGACGCGCUUUACCCAGGAACGGAUCUGUCUUCGCUAAAUUGGGCAGAGCAGCAAUGGGUGGCUUGGUACGUCUGGUGGGGCAAUCCCGUUAUAGCGACGGGAAUGAUUAGUUUUCUAAUGCACGAAAUAGUGUAUUUUGGUCGGUCAAUACCUUGGAUGAUCAUCGAUGCUAUUCCGUACUUCAGACGAUGGAAGCUCCAACCAAACAAAAUACCUAGUCCUGAAGAGCAGUGGGAAUGCAUCAAGCAGGUUUUAUGGGCACAUAUGACGGUCGAAUUACCAACGAUUUGGCUUUUCCAUCCCAUGGCUGAGGUUUUUGGGAUGAAGACUUAUCAAGUACCUUUUCCGACCUACUCGACCAUGGCUUGGCAAAUAAUGUUCUUCAUGUUCUUUGAGGAUUUGUUUCAUUGGACUGCUCAUCGCGCCCUUCAUGAACCGCAUCUGUACAAACACAUACACAAACUUCACCACAAGUACUCCGCUCCUUUUGGGUUAGCAGCGGAAUACGCGCAUCCAGCUGAGGUGUUCAUUCUCGGAAUGGGUACCCUUGCUGGCUCCCUUAUUCUUUGCCUCUUCACCGAAGUCCAUUUUGUGACAUUCUUCUUAUGGGUUAUCAUCAAGCUUUUUCAAGCGAUCGACUCUCAUUCUGGAUAUGGCAAGCAAAUCUCUCAAUCCUUCCAGCCUUGGAUAACUGAUUUAUUUUCAGAUUUCCCCUGGUCACUCAAACAUUUCCUUCCAUUCUGGGCUGGAGCAGACCAUCACGACUUUCAUCAUAUGGCUUUCACAGACAACUAUGCUACAUCGUUCAGAUGGUGGGAUUCAAUUUUCGGGACCGACCACCAGUAUCACGCUUAUCGUGCUCGAGUAAAAGCUGCCAAAGCAAAGGCAGCGACUGCGGACGAAUUCUACAAGGCUGAGCAGGAAAUCAAUGCUCAAAUUCUUAGUGAGGGUUUACUGACGGAGGCAGCCCUUGAGGCCAAGGUUAAAAAGAAUUGA